AUGUUGCCGUGCGACGAGCAGGAGCAGGAUCGUCUAGAUAUCUUCCACAAGCUUUUCACUGUGGCGAGAGUCUCGGACGGACUGAUCUAUGCUCCUCAUCCCUCCAACGGCCGGUUUCUCGAUUUGGGAUGUGGGACAGGGAUUUGGGCGAUCGAUGUGGCCAACAAGUAUCCAGAGGCCUUCGUUGUUGGGGUAGAUUUGGCCCCCAUACAGCCUCCCAAUCACCCGAGAAAUUGCGACUUCUAUGCGCCAUUCGACUUUGAAAGCCUUUGGGCUCUUGGGGAGGAUUCGUGGGAUCUGAUUCAUACGCAGAUGGGCUCUGGCAGCGUCGCAAGCUGGCCCAACCUCUACCGGAGGAUUUAUUCCCAUCUUCGUCCGGGUGCCUGGUUUGAGCAGGUGGAAAUCGAUUUCGAACCCCGUUGCGAUGAUCGCUCUUUGGAAGGCUUGGCUAUUCGACAAUGGUACCAGUUAUUGAAACAAGCCACAGAGGAAACCAUGCGGCCGGUCGCGCACAAUUCGCGUGAAACGAUUCGAAAUCUGCAGGAGGCCGGAUUUACUGAAAUUGACCAUCAAAUGGUUGGACUCCCUCUCAACCCUUGGCAUCAGGACGAGCAUGAGAGAAGAGUGGCUCGUUGGUAUAACCUCGCCAUCUCGGAGAGUAUCGAGACGAUGAGCCUGGCCCCUUUCAGCCGCGUGUUCGGUUGGCCUAUCGAACGAAUCAAGCAAAUAGCAGCCGACGUCAAGUCGGAAGCUUUCAAUAAAGAAAUUCAUACUUACAACAUACUGCAUAUAUACCAGGCUCGAAAGCCCCUCGCCAAUUGA